AACUUCAUGUUGCUCUAUAUACAUACUACAUACACAUUAUAUAGGUUGUGCUAUUGAUACCAAAAACAGAUUAAAUAAUUGUAAUUUUCUUUAAUUUUUAAUCUUAAUCGAAUAAUGUGGAAUAAAGUUUUUCAUUUUGGGCAUACUGUAAUAUUCACGAGACAAUUUGCCACGGUCCAAGCACAAAAUCGCCGAGUGGUUGUCACCGGUGUGGGUUGUGUUUCAGCAGUUGGUGUAUCCGCCGAAGUUGCUUGGAAGAACAUCCUUUCUGCACAAUGUGGUAUAGUUAAACUCACGGAUCCAUCAUAUGCUAACCUUCCGUGCCGUGUAGCAGCUCAGAUAUCCAAAGAUGAAUUUGAUCUUACCAAGAUUUUCAGUAAGGGAGAUCUUAAAGCUAUGUCUCCGGCAAUUGCUUACUCCCUCAUAGCCACGAAAGAAGCUUUAACCUGCGCAAAUUGGUUUCCAACCGAUUUGGAGGCACAAAACCGUACUGGUGUUGCUGUUGGUAUUGGAAUGGUGAAUUUACCGGAUAUCUGCGAGAUGAAUAAUUCCCUCCAGCAAGGAUAUAAUCGUGUCAGCCCCUUUUUUAUACCACGUAUCCUACUUAAUAUGGCUGCAGGACAUAUAAGCAUCAAGUACGGAUUUCGGGGACCAAAUCAUGCUGUUUCCACAGCAUGUGCCACCGGAGCACAUGCCAUAGGGGAUGGAUACCGAUUUAUUCAAAGCAAUUUAGCUGAUGUUAUGGUAUGUGGUGCAGGAGAAGCUCCUAUAUCACCCCUUUGUAUUGCGGGUUUCAGCAGAUUACGAUCUUUAAGCACCUCAUUCAAUGAUGAUCCGCAAAAAUCCUCAAGGCCCUUUGAUAAGAAACGAGAGGGUUUUGUCAUUGGUGAAGGGGCCGCAAUCUGCAUUCUCGAAAGUCUCGAUCACGCAAAGCAACGUCAAGCACCUAUUUUUGGCGAGAUCCUUGGCUAUGGUUGCUCUGGAGAUGCUGCUCAUCUAACGUCACCACGCGAAGAUGGUCUAGGUGCUCAGUUAGCCAUGCAACGUGCCUUAGAAGAUGCUCAAUUAUCUCCUGUAAACAUUGGCUACGUGAACGCUCAUGCAACAUCUACUCCUAUGGGCGAUGCAAUUGAGAGCAGAGCAAUAACCCAUGUCUUUGGCAAUCAUAAUGUCGCAGUAUCAUCAACGAAAGGUGCUCAUGGACAUCUUCUGGGAUCAGCUGGUAAUCUCGAGACAAUGUUCACCAUCCUAGCGUGUCGAGAUGGAAAACUUCCACCUACAAUAAACCUCACUGAUGUCUCGGAUGACAUGAAACAUCUCAAUUUUGUUGCCAACACCAGUCAACCCUGGUCAGGACAUAAACGACGGAUUGCCCUUAAAAAUGCAUUUGGAUUUGGUGGAACAAAUGCUUGCCUGUGCAUUGGGGAAUUUCGAGAAAAUACCUAAUAUUUUAUAAGAUUUAUUUUCAUUCUAAACUUUGUAUCUUAUCGCUCUUCCAAUAUAAGUAUAUUAUACAAUUUGAGUUACAA